AUGUCCAGCCACGCCCCCGCUGACCACCACCACGAUCACGGCCACCACCAUGACCAUGACCACCACCAUGACCACGGCCACGACCACGACCACCACCAUGACCACCACCAUGACCACGACCACCACCAUGACCAUGGGCAUGACGAUCUCGUGGUGUCCGAGACGGUCGAACGCUUCAAGAAGCGGUAUGGCCGCGACCCGACGCCAAGCGAGUACCAGCAGCUCAUGGACCAUGGCCACACGCACGAGCACCUCGAGCAUGCUGGCGUCUUUGAGCACCGCGAACAACUCAUCGAGCGCGACUACAACGAACGCGCGUUCACCGUCGGCAUUGGCGGGCCCGUUGGCAGCGGAAAGACGGCGCUCAUGCUUGCGCUCUGCGAAGCCCUUCGCGACCGGCUCCAGAUCGCAGCGGUGACGAACGACAUCUUCACCAAAGAGGACGGCGAGUUCCUCGUCAAGCACAAGGCGUUGCCGGAGGAGCGCAUCCGGGCCGUCGAGACAGGUGGCUGCCCCCAUGCGGCGAUCCGCGAGGACAUUUCGGCCAACCUCCAAGCCUGCGAAGAGCUCACUGACCUCUUUCAGCUCCAGCUCGUGCUCGUCGAGUCGGGCGGCGACAACCUUGCGGCCAACUUUAGUCGCGAGCUCGCCGACUACAUCAUCUACGUGAUCGACGUGGCCGGUGGUGACAAGGUGCCCCGCAAGGGCGGCCCCGGCAUCACGCAGGCCGAUCUCCUCAUCAUCAACAAGAUUGAUCUCGCGCCGCAUGUGGGCGCAAGCCUCGAUGUCAUGGCGCGCGACGCCAAGCUCAUGCGCGGCGCGGGCCCCACGGUCUUUGCGCAGGUGAACGCGGGCGUGGCCGUCCAAGAGAUUGUCGACCACGUUGUCGACGCGUACGAACGCAGUACGCGGUGA